AUGUCGACGAAAUCAACAGGAUUUGGAGAUCAAUCACAUUCACAACAACCCCUCCAAAGAAAAGGUCGUGCGUACGGCCCUGGUGUGCGGACUAUUAUAGGUGUUGAACGGAGUAGUUCUGUAAUUGGUGGGAACGGGAAUGGAUUUGGCAAUGGAUUUGGCAAUGGAAAUAGAAAUGGAAGCACCCCUCGUCUAAGGUCUCCUCCAAUUCUCUAUCUGUUUCCUCACCCUAAUCAAUCAACAUCUACCGCGCCUGCAGAAAUGAACAUUCAAAAUUUAGCGGAUCGUCGUACAGGAACACUUACUUAUGGAAAAAAUCCCGGCUUUAAGCUCCCCACCAAAAUCGACGAAGCAAGUGCAGGAGAAGAAGAAGGCGGUGCAGAAGUGAAUGACAUACCAUUUUACAAACCCUAUAGACCAGGUUUGGGAGGGCCUCAUUUGGCAGGACCAUCACAAGCAAGUCGGUCGAGAAGACAUUCAUUAGAGAGAACGUUUGAUCCUAGCACUCCAAGAAGGGGAACUGCAUCACCCGCACCCAGCAAGUCGGCAAAGAUUCUACAAGCUCAAGUUGAUAUUCCUCUGCGGUCAAGUAGUAGUCUUUACAACGAAGAACACCGUGAGUCUGGAGAACAUCUACAAGAACACCUUGAUAUUCCAGAGAGAGAGGAGCGCGUAGAACCUAGAGAUUCAAAGCCAAGUAUACUCUAUUCGCCACAAUCAACAUCCUCGCCUUCGACAAUGCGUUCGCGUUCGCGUUCGCGAGGCGGUUCCGUGUCGUCAUAUCAAACAAAUGCGACAUCUCUACCCGCACUGCAAAAGACAGGAGUUCUAGAAGAGGGAGAAGUGUUGGAACCAUUGAAUGAAGAAGAUAUUGAUCCUGGAUCUUUUGAUCUUGUGGCGGCAACUGAGACUGGAGGUAAACGAUAUUCUCUUGAGACAAGAUCAGAACAACUCUUUUCGACAGAGCAUUUACGAAUAAUCUUCAGUGACCCUUCACUACUUUUGAGAUUCACUUCUUUUCUAGGCGCACAUAGACCUUCUUCAAUUCCUAUACUCAUAUAUUACCUAGAUGCUGUCAAAGCACUCAAGGCUAUUUCAUAUUCAAAUGCGAUUGCGGAAGCUCUGGAACCAAUUCCUGGUUUUGAUUUUACCGCCACUGCAGCCUCCAAGACAAUGAGCGCUGCAUUAGAAGAAAAGGCUACAAAGGCUUUCGAUGUUUUGGUUCGAGAGGAUCUCCCUGCUUACAUCACAUGGGCAUAUAUACAGACCGUUAGUAUAUCGAUCCAGAGACGAAUUACUGGAACUUUACCAGCGCAUCUGAGAGAGGCAUCUGAGGGCUUAGCUGAGGUCUUUUGUUUGACCGAUCCUUCUCGUCCGGAUAACCCUAUUGUUUUUGCUUCUGAGGAAUUCCAUCGAACCACACAGUAUGGUAUGAGCUAUGUUCUUGGCAGAAAUUGUAGAUUCUUGCAAGGACCGAAAACAAACCCCUUCAGUGUGAGGAGAAUUCGAGAGAAGAUUGAAGCCGGUCAAGAACAUUGCGAGACUUUCCUGAAUUAUCGACGAGAUGGAUCUCCAUUUAUGAAUCUUCUAAUGUGUGCCCCACUGUGCGAUAGCAGAGGCACGAUUCGAUAUUUCAUUGGUGCACAGGUCGAUAUUUCUGGUUUGGUCAAAGAAUGCUCAGAAUUAGAAUCUCUUCAACGUCUUGUUGCGGCAGAUGAGCUUGCCCAGGAGCGUGAAGCAGAACGAGCAGCAAAUCCCGACGCGGAACUGGAAGAUUACCCAGCACCACCACCACCAAAAGACGAGUUCCAAGAAUUAAGCGAGAUGUUAAACAUGCAAGAGCUGGACACAGUACGCAAGUGGGGAGGAAGAAUGCACAAAGAAACCGAGGAGGAUCACCCUGACAGCAAUUUACAAAAAGGAAAUUGGCAUAAACCGAGAUUACAUAUUAAGAGUACGAGUCCCGAGAAUUCAAAUCCACAGCUUGGACGUAUUAGUGGCAAACUUGGUGGCAUAUAUGAGAAUUAUCUUCUUGUUCGUCCAUACCCAAGUUUAAGAGUUUUGUUUGCAAGUCCGACACUUAGAGUGCCUGGCAUCUUGCAAUCGCCUUUCAUGGCGAAGAUAGGUGGUAGCAAUCGUGUUCGUGAGGAGUUGACUCAAGCUCUAGCUGAUGGACGAGGUGUUACUGCUAAAGUACGUUGGGUAACAAAGGAUGAUAUCGAUGGUCGACCACGAUGGAUUCAUUGUACACCACUCAUGGGCUCUAAUGGUUCAAUUGGUGUAUGGAUGAUCGUUAUCGUUGACGAUGAAGCUUCACAACAUAACAGCAAGAGAUAUAGACUCGCCCCAUCUGUGGAUCCAAGAUUUGGAAGAACUAUACCAUUUACGAGCAAAGCAGAGAGUAGUGCGGGAAGUAUCAGGGAUUUCUCUAUCAUCCAGCACAAUGGAUCCUCGGGACGACCAAGGACGCCGAGAUCACACAAAAGUGUUGAUCUUGAUGAUGAGGGUAGUGUGAGGAGUGGUAGUCCCUAUACUUUGAGGAUUGAUUGA